AACCUGUGACCCUUCGGACUGUGGGUCGACGCUCUAACCACAGCCAAACCAGCCAGGGUGGAAGUGCUUUAAUGGAAGGACUGUUCGAAAACCACCUUGGGGGUGGGUCUUUUAUAAAACCUGUUAGAACACUGAUAUAAUUUCCUAAUUAUUACCAACAUCAGGGGCUUCUUAGGAGGGCAGUCUCCUAUUCAUUUUCAUGCCUGAUUCCUAUAAACUCCCUACCACUGAAUACAUCUAUCAGAUCUCUAGAUUUUAAAAGCCUUUCUAAAAAAGAGAUAAAAAAAAAAUCUCCCUAAACACAUCGUGUUUUAACCCAUAUAUUUAGAAAUUCUGAAAUGGGUUUGAAAAUAAGUAGCAAAGAUUAACUUUUGUUGAAUGGUGCUGUUUAAGGACCUGGCCCUACUGCAUUGGGAUGGACGGAUGUAAAUAUCUUCUAUGCAUCUUCACUUCGGUCAUUGCCAUAAAAUAUUUUGUCUUCCUAUUUCUGGUUUGGUUUUAAUAUGUUAGUCACAGUAUUACUCCCAUCUUCUCACCCCUCCCCAAUCACUGGUGCCAUCGAAACUUAAAUUAUUUUCAUCGUAAGGCUAUUGUAUGUGUAUGGGGAUGGGUGUCUACAUUUGAAAUGCAAUCUUCUCUCAGAGAGGCUUUAUUUUGAUAGGAUUGUAAGGGAUAGAAUGCAGGUCCUGGAGCCAACCCUCCAGGGCUCAGAUCCCAGCUCCUCCACUUGCUGGCUCUGUGACCUCAGACCAGUUACUCACUCUCACUGUGCCUCAGACCACUUCCCCGCACAGCGAGGAUAACAGUAUCACUGCCAUGUAGGGUUACUGUGAAACUUUAUUGACUCAACUCAUUGAAAGCAUUUAGAAGAGUAUUAGGCAUAUAAUAAUAAAUGUUAAUUAUUAUUAUUAUUAUUGUCGUCAUAGUCAUGUUAUUAGCAGACAUCAAGUCCUAAUAUUGGUUUACUUUAGGUGGCGUCUAGGCUGCUGUUUUUAUCACAGUGACCAUAGCAUUUCCUUGUGAACUUCAAACACAAACAAAUGGCAAGUGGGUAUUGAUCACUUGUUGAGAAUACAUACUCCACAGCCAGAUGUGAUUCUGGUUCAGAUUCUAGCUCUGCUCUUUAUCAGAAGCAGAACCUUGCACAAGCUGACUAAUUUUCCUGGGCCUCAGUUUCCUCACCCUUUAAAAUAAGGAUACUCACGGUACCUAUUCAUAAGUUUGUUAUAGAAACUUAUUUGUUAGAUGAAUAUAUAAUGGCUAUAAAAAGUGUCUAAGUAAAUUUUCAUUCUGAAAUUGAAUAAAUUAAAAAAGUCAUGUCUGAAAAUUAAUCUUAUACAUACCUGAGACUGAUCAUUAACACAACACUGUAUGUCACAUAGUCACAUAAGCACUUACAAAUAAUGGGCCCCAUGAAUUACUUUUAAAGGCAAGUAGGUUUUGCUGGUAUUUCCAACAGAAGAAAAUAGACAAUUUCAUCUUUCCAACAAAAGGCUUUUUAUUUCUUGGUCAUGUGGAAGCUCUUAAGUUCAUUAGUAUCGAGGUAGAAUUUUUUUUUUUUUUUUAAAAGGAAAUGAAAAAAGUUGUCAUCUGUGGCAACACUUUUAGUGUCAGAAAUAAUUGUGCUUUACAGCAAAAUGGCAGCCAGAAGAGAGGUGCAGAAAUAUCACUUUAAUUAAACCCUUCCUUUCAAAUACAUUUCACAGUUUGUAUGCGAGAAUAAUUUAUCACCAUGUGAAUGAACACUUAAUACCUGGCGUGCUGUGAAAUGGGCAGGGAUCUUAUUGCACCAUAUGUUCUUUCCUUUCUAUUUCUUCUUGAGAUCCUAUGGUGGCGAUAUCAAGUUUGAACUGUAAGCAUGUGGUUCAAAUCAUACUUCACCCUUCCAUGAAUAGCCUGCUUUGAGGAACUCGCUCGCUGGACACGUAGUCAUGAAAGCCGCCUGGGGAAGUGGGCAGCCCUGACGUGAUGUGCGCAGCGAGCAGAGACAUUCCCUUCCGAGAGAGGUCCGCGUGACGCGUCGGGGAGGCCACCGUCGGCCAGGUCGCCACACGGUUGGCGGAAGGGGCGAUAGCCGCAUUCUCCUGUGCCUACCACGUAACCAAAAAUGAAGGAGAACUACUGUUUACAAGCUGCCCUGGUGUGCCUGGGCAUGCUGUGCCAGAGCCAGGCCUUCAGCGCCGAGCGGAGGAGCCACCUGCGGCCCUCGUUCCACGGGCACCACGAGAAGGGCAAGGAGGGGCAGGUGCUGCAGCGCUCCAAGAGAGGCUGGGUCUGGAACCAGUUCUUUGUGAUCGAGGAGUACACCGGCCCGGACCCCGUGCUCGUGGGCAGGCUCCAUUCCGAUAUUGACUCUGGUGAUGGGAACAUUAAAUACAUUCUCUCAGGUGAAGGAGCCGGAACCAUUUUUGUGAUUGAUGACAAAUCAGGGAACAUUCAUGCUACCAAGACAUUGGACCGCGAGGAGAGAGCCCAGUACACGCUGAUGGCUCAGGCGGUGGACAGGGACACCAACCGGCCGCUGGAGCCACCGUCGGAGUUCAUUGUCAAGGUCCAGGACAUUAAUGACAACCCUCCCGAGUUCCUGCAUGAGACCUAUCACGCCAACGUGCCCGAGAGGUCCAACGUGGGAACAUCAGUGAUCCAAGUGACAGCUUCCGAUGCAGAUGACCCCACCUAUGGGAACAGCGCCAAACUAGUGUACAGUAUCCUCGAGGGACAACCCUACUUCUCGGUGGAAGCACAGACAGGUAUCAUCAGAACAGCCCUUCCCAACAUGGACAGGGAAGCCAAGGAGGAGUACCACGUGGUGAUCCAGGCCAAGGACAUGGGCGGACACAUGGGUGGACUCUCAGGGACAACCAAAGUGACGAUCACGCUGACCGAUGUCAAUGAUAACCCACCAAAGUUUCCGCAGAGCGUAUACCAGAUGUCUGUGUCAGAAGCAGCUGUCCCCGGGGAGGAGGUCGGAAGGGUGAAGGCGAAAGACCCAGACAUUGGAGAAAACGGCUUAGUCACAUACACGAUUGUUGAUGGGGACGGGAUGGAACUGUUCGAAAUCACAACGGACUAUGAAACACAGGAGGGAGUGGUGAAGCUGAAAAAGCCCGUAGAUUUUGAAACCAAGAGAGCGUACAGCCUGAAGGUAGAGGCGGCCAAUGUGCACAUCGACCCGAAGUUCAUAAGCAACGGGCCUUUCAAGGACACAGUGACCGUCAAGAUCGCAGUGGAAGAUGCUGAUGAGCCCCCUGUGUUCUUGGCCCCAAGUUACAUUCACGAAGUCCAAGAAAAUGCAGCCGCUGGCACUGUGGUCGGGAGAGUACAUGCCAAAGACCCUGAUGCUGCCAACAGCCCGAUAAGGUAUUCAAUCGAUCGUCAUACUGACCUCGACAGGUUUUUCACUAUUAAUCCGGAGGAUGGUUUUAUUAAAACUACGAAACCUUUGGAUAGAGAGGAAACCGCCUGGCUCAACAUAUCUGUGUUUGCAGCAGAAAUCCACAACAGGCAUCAGGAAGCCAAAGUCCCCGUGUCCAUCAAGAUCCUUGAUGUCAAUGAUAACGCUCCCAAGUUUGCUGCCCCAUAUGAAGGCUUCAUCUGUGAGAGUGAUCAGACCAAGCCCCUCUCUAACCAGCCGAUUGUUACAAUUAGUGCUGACGACAAGGAUGACACAGCCAAUGGACCAAGAUUUAUCUUCAGUCUACCCCCUGAAAUCAUUCACAAUCCCAAUUUCACAGUCAGAGACAACAGAGCUCCUGAAACAGCGGGUGUUUUCGAGGCUUUCCUCGCCGUGCCAACAUCACCUCCAUCAUCGGCCUUGUCGUCUCGUUUUUAUGUGUGCAAUAAUAUUUAGUCGCUGUUAACCUUCUGAAACAUUACACCAAGGUGCACUGUUCUCUAGGGAGUUGUAAGCACGUCCCACUAUCACCAGCUUCAAGGAUGCCGUCUCUAUUUUCAAGGAGAUUAUGUUCCCAUAGAUGAGCCAACCCGCUGCCCACUCUGUGCCCCCUGCCCUUUGCUAUUUAAGAGUUUCAUCCUAGAUCGGAGCCACCACUUUUGCAGGAAAUUGCUACUUUUUGAGAAAAAUGACUUUAUUAACUAUGGCAAACAGUUAAUGAAAACUCCCGUGUUUAGAGCUAUUACGAAACCUUAAAGCAAAUACAGUCCUAUAAUUAUCAUUUAAUAGAGUUUCUUUCUACCAGCUCCUAAAAGUAAUUACAUAUUGAAGCGAUCCAAAAGGAGUAAUCACGUUCCACAUCCUAUUAAUAGCCCACUGAGCUACCAAGGUUCUGGGCCGAGGCCGUUUCCCGUAGAAAACAUGCGGUAAUGGCUGGCGUCGUGCUGAGGGAAAGCAUCGGCCUCCUUCCUCCUUGAGCGUUUACUGCACCGUGCCAUGCAAACGCUCGGGGCUGCGUUUGCCUAACUCGGCGUGAGCACUGGGCAUCUUUUUUUAAAAUUGAAUUUAUUGGGGUGACAUUCAGUGAUAACAUUAUAAAGGUUCCAGGUAUACAACCGUAGAGCACCUGUGUACUGUUUUGGGUGCUCACCACCCCAAGUCAAGUCUCCUCCCAUCACCAUUUACCCCCCCACCCUCUUCUACCUCCCUGCCCCCUGUCCCCCUGGCAGUCACCCUGCUGUUGUCCGGGGACAGACACCGGGGAUACUAACGUUCAACACUGACGUCCCGCCUGGGCUGUCAGUAUCGAGAAGGGUGCUGUUUGGGCAGAUGCAGAGCUGACCCGCCCAGGUUUUGAGAUGCAUUUACUCUGAAAAUAUCAGACUGAACGGCAUCUCAGAAAACACAGGAGAUGUGUAAUGGAUAAGAGAAGAGCCAUGGAAAAGAAAUGCUGAGACCUGCCCCUCUCAUCUGUCUUGUUCUUCAUUAAUUUGUCACCUAAUUUCUCAAACAGCCCUAGGAGGCGGGCAUGUUGAGUAUUUUUAUCCCCAUUUUUCUAGAUAAGGAGGGAAGAAAGGCAACGGAGGCUUCCGAGAUGGCUCAAGGCGAUGCUGCCAAAUGAGGGAAAUAACCGAAGCGUCUGAGGGUUUGGGAGGGUACUUUCUAGGGUGUGUAACGCGCCUUAUUACCAGUAUAAAGCUCCUGUGUUUUCUAGUUCCUUCCUUUUGCAAAAUCUGUUUAUCUUGUAGUCAAGUAGUAACAGUCUUCAGAAGAGGCAGAAUCUGAAUUUUCAAUUCAGUUCAUCGAUCUAGUUUUCCAGGGAAAGUGGGAGCCGAGGACAAGCUGUUCGUGGAUUUCAGUUUUAAUCACAGCCGUCCUCACGGUGGUAAACUAUAUUUGCAAAGAGUUUUAUAAGUUUCUCUCACCACAUAAUUAAUACAUACUCCUUGAAGGAAAAUUAGAAAAUACAAGCAAGAGGAAAUACAAUUUAAAAUAACUUGAUGAUAACGGAGUGGCCGGAAAUAAUCACGGCUAUUCUGUACACCCUUCCAGACUUGCUCUCGGCAUAUAUUUUGAUCUUUAAACAUGUCCUAAAUUACAUGUCCAGUUUUUCCCCACUCACUCAUGUCAGCAUUUUAUUCUACAGAGUUCCUAAUUUCCACCUUAAGAAUGUCUGAUAACAGCAAGUACAUUUUCACAUACCGUUGCCAAAUAUCUAGUUAUUCUUUUAGGCUGAAUUCCUGGAGUGGAAUUACUGGAUCAAAAGAUUUUGAUACCUAUUGACAAAUUGCCCAUCAGAAAUAUCUAUAAUAACCUGUUAGUAAAACAGGUGAGGUCCCAUUUCCUCACCUUCAAGCUAACUCUAGAUAAUAUAUAUUUUUUAAAUCACUGACAAAUUGAUAGGUGAAAUAUAAUCACAUUUUGAAAUAUCAAUUUCUCUCAUUAUUAGGAAAGCUAGGAGUUUUAAAUAAGUAUUGAUAAUUUGUUUUUCUUUGCAAACCUGCUAUCUAACAAAAAUCUUUGGAAUUGUAUUCAUAUUCCUUAGUUUGCAAUUGAUUUGUGAAGUCUCUUCAUCUUUUAAUGUUAUUAACAUUUGAGCUGUCAAACCUGUUUCAUAGAUUUUUCCCCCACGUUUCCACACGCUUUCAGUUCUGAUUGUGCUGUGUUCUCAAGUAUAAAUGUUGCACCUUUUGUAUCAUGUUUUCCCUGUUUAAUAUUAUCCUUAGUUAGCAAGGCUUUCCUUACCCAAAGUUGAUAUCUACAUUCACCUGUCUUUUUCUUUCUUACACAUCAUGUUUCCUAUUUCCAGCAUUUAUUCAUUUGAAAUAAAUAUUCAACUUCCAA